GAAAAUAAUUGUUUUCGAACGUUCAAAUUCUAUUAGCCGUUUGGCUUACAGAGAGAAAAAGAAAAAAUCAGAGAGAAAAUAUUCUGUAGAGGAUUGGUACAUGGGUGAAUCUGCAGUUUUGUUUCAUUCAUAUUCGUUCGCAGGUCCUAUUUCUCGUCAUGGAUCUCAUCAGGAUAAUACUAUGCAUGCGCUCAGCCAGUCAGUCUCAUUUGGUAGGUUCAUGACAGAGAAUCUUGAAUGGGGAAAAUGGUCAAGCUUCUCGCACAAGAAGUAUGUCGAUGAGGCAGAGAAAUAUUCUCAGCCUGGAUCUGUUGCUCAGAAGAAAGCUUUCUUUGACGCUCAUUACAAGAAAAUAGCCGAAGCCAAGAAAGCAAAAGAUUCAAAACGAGAACCAGAAAGUGUUGCGGUCUUGCUAAACACAUUGGAGACAUUGACUAACGAUGAGAAUAAAGAAGAAGAAGAAGAAGAGAGUGUCGAAACUGAGUUAGUCUUGGGUGGGGAAGAGGUGGUUUUGAGUAUUGGGAAAGAUGAUGAAGAACCCGAAAGAAUGGGUGUUGUUGUGGUCUUGGAACAAGAAGACACUGUGGUUGAUAACUCUGUGAUUGCAGAUGCUGUUCUUGAAGUGGUUGAUGAGAAUAACAUAGAGUUGUUGAAGAAGAGCUCUUCUGUUGGAGAAAAAGAAGAAGAAGAAGAAGAAGAGAGAAAAUCUGUUACCAAGAACUCAUCGGUAGCUCCAGUAAAAGCAAUGGAGCUUGUUGUUUCACAGAAAAUAAGUGAAGCACCGAUAACUCAUAGUUCCAUGAAGAAAAACAAAUUCAGUUUCUUGAAGCUUUUGAUGGGAAACACUAAAACUCAAGAUCAGAGAAAGACUGAUAAGAAACCGAAGAAAAUGUUUCUAUGUCUUUGCUUCAACCCUGAGAUGGUUGGGGAAACAGAAGGGGCAACCAAAACACAUAUGAGGAAUCUCUGAGAAUAAAGAUAGCUUCUUCUUUGUUGGCUGGCUUCAAAGCUCUUAGAAUCUGUCCUCAGAUUCAAUUAUGGUAGAAAAGAUAGCAUCUUUGAGUGGCAAAACAAAAAAACUGGGAUACCAGAAUAAAGUUUUGCUUUGUUUUCUUGUAUUGUAUAUGUAUUGAACAUUCUGUUGUAUGUUUCUUUUACAAACUCAUGUUGAUAUAUUUUGUUUGUGUUGUUGUUCAUUGAGAUGUAAGUGCAGGAACCUCUGUUCUGAUUUGGAA